AUUAGUCAGUCUGUCAACAACUUCGUAAAAUAUUCUGGUAAAAUUGUUCAUGCUUUAUGGUAUAUUUUAAAAAUAAUCCGACGGCUUUAAAUAUGAGCAACUCUGUUUAUUCAUUCAUGUUGGGUCCAGAUGGUUAAAUUUGUGUACCAGAAACCUGCAGGAUGUCACGCUAUGACAUCGAGAAGUUUGAUUCACCGCCAGACCCUGACCUGGUCUGUUGCAUCUGUCAGUGCGUCCUGGACAAGGCAGUGGAGUGCCCAUGUCGCCAUGUGUUCUGCCAGGCAUGCAUUGAGAGGUGGCUCUCCAGCCGACCCACCUGCCCAACUUGCCGGACAAGGACAAGGAAGCAGGAUUUAAAACCAGUUUUGCCUCUGGUACAGAAUAUGAUCAACAGAUUGAUGAUGUUAUGUGACUUCCGUGAUAAUGGCUGCCUUGAAAAGAUCAUGCUGGAGUAUUAUGACCGCCACAUCUCAACAUGCGGCUACGAAAUGAAGACAUGCCGCUUCUCAAAAUGUGGCAGACAGAUUCUGCGUAGAGACCUGGAGGAACAUGAGAGUUCCUUGUGUGAACACCGGGAGAGGGUCUGUCAGGGGCAGUGUGGCUUGAUGGUAGCCCUCAGUGACCAGGCCUCACACAACUGUGUCGUCGCCCUCAAAGAAAACAUUGAUGAGAAAAACCACAUGAUUGAAAUUUUGAAAGCCAAGCUACAAGAGCUGAACAAUCUGUCCCAGUCUUUAAAAGACCAACUUGAGCAGUUACGGCAACAGUUGAAUGAUCGACCCCCAAGGUUGCAGAAUCUUUUUGAUGCCAUAAGUGACACAAGCAGUUUAAGUGAUGGUGAAGUGUUUAUGUCAGAUUAUGACAUAAGUGAGGAUUCGUUUCCAGAUACGCUGUCUGAACAUUCAGAUGAUGAGGAGAGCAUAAACCAGAAUAAUAAUAAUUCAGGAGAGGGUAAUGAUAGAACAUCGGCUGCAACAACUGGUAGGCAAGGGGACGGUAGUAAUGAAGAUGGUUCUGAUGUUGUAGAACAGGUUCGUAGGACGGUUAUGAACAGUUUACUGGAGCUUUCCUCUAGGCUUGAAAGGGUAAGAAAUCAAAUGAGAGCGGUUUUGAAUUCAGGUUUAGCACAAGAACAGGCUGCUGGCAAUACAAAUGAUAAUGUCAGAAAUCCAGCAGUUGCUGUUGAUAAUGUACAAAGCAAUAGCGAUAGAACGUCAGCUCCCAGGCACAGGAUAGUAUUACAUGAUUCGCCAGAGAGAAAUGAAGGGGAUAAUGACAGUGAGGCUGAUGAAAACAAUGAUGUUGACACUGAUGAAAUCCCAACUGAUGUAGAAAACAAUGAUGUUGACACUGAUGAAAUCCCAACUGAUGUAGAGAGGGAUGAGUCUGACUACCAUUCAGAUGAACACCAUGAGGAGACUGACCGCUCUAUGUCCUCUCCAGAGCCCUCACACCGAUCAUUGACCAGUCCUGGGAGGACCAGUUCACGUUCACCGUUAGACUGGUCUCCUAUGAAUACAGAUGUUGAUGAUGACGAUGAAGAUAACCAUAGCAAUAAUGCCAGUAUGUCAGUAUCCAACCAUGUGAUAGUCACACAACCACCAGAGUCUCCAACCGCCUCGUGGAGUUCCGACAACUCAUCCAGUAUACCUACCAUAUCUUCCCCUGUUUUGACAGCCAGGUCAAGGGCCAGCACCUCGCCCCCAAGCAGCCCUGUGUCACUAGUCUCCUCCUCAAGUCUCAGCAGCUCUCAGCGUAGCUCCUCCUCAUUAUCUCCAUCCUAUACAAACCGUAGCUCCACUCCUCACCAUUCUGAAUCCAAUCAUCCAGACAGCAAUCCAGCCAGCCCUAGGAUUUCAUCCGUGUCUUCUCCUAGUAAUGGUCCUGAGGAUGAGUGGGAACUUGAUUAUGAAAGUGAUGGUGACAAUCUUGAUUCUGAUGGUAACCAUAACGAAUUGAAAAGUGAUGCCACUGAUGGGCAUUCUAACCCCAUUGAAAUCAGUUCUGAAGUUAGUGAAAACCAAAACCAUAAUAACAGUGAUGAUUGUAGCAGACAUUCUGAAGAAUCUACACAUUCUGAAAGGCUUAAAAUGUAUGCAACUAGUGAUAACGUUCAGAGUAAUGAUGAUAGUGUGGAUAGUGAAGGAGCUGAUUUGGAUUCGGCAGUUGAUGCUCCUUUGAGAAGCAAUCAUAGUGAAGACAGUGACCAAGAGUAUGUUAACCAUAAUUCUCCAGUGUUUAGACCAAUGGAAAACAAAAGUGAUAAUAAUGACCAUACUGGUGCAAAAGGUAUUCAACAAAAUUCAGCUAUUGAAGAAUACGACCCCAGAUACCCUUCCUUUGGGAAGUGGUCACCACAAAGAUCUCGUAGGAGUGCUCCUGCUACUCCCACAUAUCAGCAUGGCUCUUCCUCCAAUAUUAACCGCUGUGAACCAGACAGCACACAACUGAUUCCUAAUUCAUCCUCACCAAAAGAGGGAUCACAGACCAAAACGCAAUCCCCCUAUAGUCAUAGAAGACGGAUAAAAAGAGAAAGAGUCUCUGUCAGUACUAGUGAUAGUGAUGAUUCUGAUACAAUGAAAUACUUAACAAAACGUAAGAGGCGGUCAAAUGAUAUGCAGGUCGAAAAUGGUGCAGCCGGAUAUAGCAAUGACAUGGAAACGGCGUCUAGUAAACGAUACAAGUUCAGAAAAAGGAGGCAUGAUGAUGAUUCUUGCAGUGAAAUUAACAGCAAGCAUGGACGGUAUGAUGAUAGAUAUUAUGCAAGACCUUACCCAGACACUAAGUUGAGUAGCUUUAAAGAAAAGGAAGACCAAAAGGAGAAUGGUCAAAGUGGUAAGAGGAGCUUCAACAGGUUCAACAUGCCACACAAAAGAUCAAGCACUGUUCAGAGUGACAGUAUGCAGGAGUCAAAUGCACAGAGUUUGAAGCUGAAAAUUGACUUAUCCGUGAUAAAUUACUCGGGGCCUCUGGCUUCUGAGUCUAGUUCUACAUUACCAAGUGCAACUUUCGUCCGAAGCUCAGCAAACAUUACACCUAGUCAAUUUCAUACAUCCUCACGCCAUCAUUCUGUUCAGCAGUCAUUCAAAGGCCACACACAUAAAGUAUCUGAAACCAAUUCGGGAUCUUCAAACCGAAGACACAAUUCCAGUCCUGGUCACAAAGCGGAAAGCAGACGAAGUAGGAACGCAAACCACUCCCCUAGCCCUAAUGCAGGAAGUGCUAAUAAUACUUGUGGUAAUAAUCAGAACUCUACUAAUGAAUCCUUUGAGGAGUCUGACAGCAGCUCUGAUGGAACCUGGGAACCUUGCUCAGAGGCCGAGGCUUCUGACGAUACGGUAACAGAUGGGGAAGAAUUCGAGACUGACACAAGUUAUGAAGUGCGGGUGCCCAAAUCCACUGCGACCCUCCUUGAGGAAUAUGCUUCAGACUCCUCUGACGAUAGUUGGACGGUUGAAAUGUCUCAGUAGAACUAAGUCACAUUUGUUAGUUUUUUUCUUUUUCUGUCUGACGGUGUUUUAGUUUGUUACAAUAAUCUGGUUAUGAAAUCAUGUUAACUUAACAAACAUAGCAAUGUUAUUUUUGUGUAUAUACAUGUACACUCUAUUUGAAUGUAGGCAAUUUUUUAAUAAAAAGAAGCACUCAAAUCAUGCUGCAAAUUCGCUGUGCAGCAAUUGUGUUAUUGAAGUCUAGAAUAGCAGACAUUUUUCAAGCAUUUCUCAGUUGUAUUUCUUAACAAUCAGGAUCUUCAUAUGUUUGAAGUUUUCCUGUAAGGAAGUAGCAUAUAUUCACACUUUGUUCAUCUGUUUGAAUUCUUCUCUUGAUGGAUUUAUGUUGGGGUGGGUCUCGAAGAAAUUUCCCCCGAUAACCUUUUCCAUUUUUGUCCGUCACUUUUUUCGAUCCCACGAGUUAUUUCAGAAAUUAAUGAGCAGAAUUUGAUAGAGCUUACAUGGUUGUCGUGCCAUUCCAGUCUAAGAAUUCUAAUUGUCCUUUGAGUUUGAUAUUUAUAUGUCAUUGCAUAAUAUAUUUUUCAUUUCUUAGCGAGAUCUCCGACACUUAUGAUCAAAUUUUUAUGAGAAUCUAUCUGCACUUAGGGUGGACAUUUAAAUCUUCAACGACCCAAUUUUAAUUAAACUUCAAUAUUGGGUGAAAAUGCAUGCAUUUUCAGUUUGUUGUGCUCCAAUAAGAAACAAGUUCCCGCCAGAUAUCUCGGGAAAUGAUAAUGCGAGUUUGAAUAGUUUAAUAUGCGGUUUUCCUGCGCAUAUUGUUUGGUCAUUUUACAUCAGUGAUUUUCAAAGGGGUAAUUGAUCUUGAAUGUCCAAUUAUUAGAAGUGUCCGCAUGAGAUCUCGGCCAAUAAUGAUCCAAAAUUGAAUAAAUAUAUGCAGCGAAGGCUUUGCUCAUUUUAAAGGGGCCGUCCAACAGAUUUUGGCAUGUAUUGAAGCUUGUCGUUAAAUGCUUUAAAUGCUUUAUAUUGAUAAAUUUGAACUAAAAAUCCCCUGUAAAAAAAAAGAAUCGAUAAAAAAAAACGAAAAAAGGUAAACCUCAACAGGGCUCGAACCACUGACCCCUGGAUUCCUGAAGUAAAAAGCCUCCCGCCUAGAUCACUCGACCAUCCACGCUCAUGUUUUGAACGGAUGUAUUUAUAGCUAUAUAAGCAAUCCUCGUAGUUUCCCUAAAUAUCGUUUCGCGUCGAUACGACGCUUUAUCUGUUGGACGGCCCCUUUAAUGUCACGUCGUUCCUAUUCUUACAGGUCGGUGUCAUUGUCCCGGUAUGCUGAAAUUUUUAAGUGUUAUUGGCUUUCCCAUACAUUGACAACGCGCCAAUCAGGGAGCACCCAUCACGGAUAUUCUUUUUGUUAUAAUAUUCGAACAUAUUUGAUUGAUGUGAAUACAACGAAAGAUCCGUAAAUGUUCAAAAACAACAAUUACUUCGUAAAGUAAAGUAAACCCAUGUUCCUUAUAGCAAUAGCCAGGAUUUCAACGCUAGAGUUGGUCUGGUAACAUUGAUUUAACGGCAUCCAAAAUGCUCGUCUUUAUUUUAAACACAGUUGAAUUUCGGAAUUUGAUGACGGCAGCUGCAGAUAUGUGGGAUAGCUCGCAUGAAUUAUGCAAAUAAACGCAAACCGAAUGGACCCGAUUCUGACUCGAGAUCAUCCGAUAAACGAAACCAGAUGACAUCGUGAAAAGAUUUUAGGUGUUUGUAUUUUGUAACGUUUUUACUACUAUGUUACUCGUUUCAGGGUCUUCCUAUUGUAAUUAAUGUUCGUUUGGCACGUUUUGUUGUUGGACGUUUAUUUUUAAAACACUAGACUUGGGCAGUGUUUACGAAUCUUUAAUAUGCACAAAUUUUAAGUGUGUUUAUGGUCACUUUAACUUCUCGAUUUGCACUACACACAUAACCUUAAUACCAUUGAAUUGUUGAAAAUAUAAUUCUGUUUAUAUGUGAUCAGCUCUACAGUUACUGCAAACCUUAUUUAAAUACAAAGUUUUGUUAUUUCUGUAUCGACACAUUUCAGUAUUUCAAGGUAAAUUUAUAUCGCCCCAUUGGUGCAGAAAGGUACCAUGUGCCUUCUAAUUUCAAUGUUACAUGGUAUCUUUUUGCACCAAUGGCACGAUAUUUCCUGUUUAUUUCUGUUCUGAACUUUCAUCUUCAAAUGUUAUAUUAUUUUUGUAUGCCUUGUAAAUGAAAAGAACGACAAAUCUGUUAUUGAAAAUGUAAAUUAACCGUACUUCCUCUGUAAAGGUCACUUUUACUAUGCCCCCCUUCGAAGAAGAGGGGUUAUAUUGUUUUGCACAUGUCGGUCGGUCCGUCGGUCGGUCCGUCCGUUCACCAGAUGGUUUCCGGAUGAUAACUAAAGAAUGCUUACGCCUAGGAUCAUGAAACUUCAUAGGUACAUUGAUCAUGACUUGCAUAUGAUCCCUAUUGAUUUUCAAGUCACUAGGUCAAAGGUCAAGGUCUGCUAUGACUCGAAACAGUAAAAUGGUUUCCGGAUGAUAACUCAAGAAUGCUUACGCCUAGGAUCAUGAAACUUAAUAGGUACAUUGCUCAUGACUUGCAGAUGACCCUAUUGAUUUUCAGAUCACAAGGUCAAAGGUCACAGUGACUCGAAACAGUUAAAUGUUUUCCAGAUGAUAACUCAAGAAUGCUUACGCCUAGGAUCAUGAAACUUCAUAGGAACAUUGAUCAUGACUGGCAGAUGACCCCUAUUGAUUUUCAGGUCACUAGGUCAAAGGUCAAGGUCAUAAUGACUCGAAACAGUAAAAUGGCCGGAUGAUAACUCAAGAAUGCUUACGCCUAGGAUCAUGAAGCUUCAUAGGUACAUUGAUCAUGACUGGCAGAUGACCCCUAUUGAUUUUCAGGUCACUAUGUCAAAGGUCAAGGUCACACUGACUCCAAAUAGUAAAAUGGUUUCCGGAUAAUAACUCAAGAAUGCUUACGCCUAGGAUCAUGAAAUUUCAAAGGUACAUUGAUCAUGACUGGCAGAUGACCCCUAUUGAUUUUCAGGGCACUAGGUCAAAGGUCAAGGUCAAAAUGACUCGAAACAGUGUAAUGGUUUCCUGAUGAUAACUCAAGAAUAAUUAGUCCUAGGAUCAUGAAACUUCAUAAGUACAUUGAUCAUGAUUGGCAGAUGACCCCUAUUGAUUUUCAGGUCACUAGGUCAAAGGUCAAGGUCACAGUGACAUUAAACGUAUUCACACAAUGGCUGCCACUAAAACUGACAGCCCAUAUGGGGGGCAUGCAUGUUUUACAAACAGCCCUUGUUAUAAGUGAAUAUAUUGAAAAGAGAUAGAUUCAUGAGACGUUAUUAACUCGGCUGUUUUCGGAGAAAUGUAUUGUCAUAGCCAGCUCGUCGUCUGCCGUCUGCGUCGUGCUAAAACCUUGACAUGUGUCUCUAAAAUCAAAGUGCCUCCACCUACAACUUUGAAACUUCAUAUGUAGAUGCACAUUGAUGAGUUCUACACGCCACACCCAUUUUUGGGUCACUAGGUCAAAGGUCAAGGUCACUGUGCCCCUUUUAAAUAUCUGACAAGCUUUCAUUGAUUUAAAACUGCACCCGCAGCCGAGCAUUGGCAGCCGUUAUGCGGUGCUCUUGUUUUAUACUUUUAUGUCUGUAAGCUUUGAAACCUUUUGUUCUGAAAGUAAUUUAUUCACCUCAUUUUUCCCGCGUUUCUAUCAGCUAUAUUUGAUAGUUUGACUGUGUCAUUAGUGCAAAGUUACUUUUAGGAAACCAGACCAGUUCACAUGUUAAUUUGUAUCGGAUUCUAACGGAAUUAUCUGUAUCUUAUCUUUGGUUUCCUGCAUGAAGUUAAUUUCUGACCAGUAAUACGGACUUGUAUGAUCAUUUGUCGGUAUUGCAAUAUCUUUUAUCAGGAGACCCGAGUGUUCCUAUUUUGUAGAGAGGUGCGUUAUCGUUAGUCGCAUUUUUGGCUUGGAUAUGGACAGCUGUCAUAUUAGUGAUGUCCAUUAUCUUAUCAUACUUUAUCUGGGUGUUAUUCGUAUACAUUUCUCUAUUCAAACCAAUAUUUGAAACUGGUGCCAUGAACAGCUUGAUUGAGCGAGUAUCGGUGGUACCAGACUUUUUCAUUCUCGUUGUGAAUUUCGCUCACAUCAUAUAAUAUAUAUAUAUAAUUAUUUUGUGAUGUGCUGCCAUUAUCAUUUAUGUCAUUGUUGAGUUAAAUAGAUGUUUGUUGAUUAAACGUGUAAUCAAUGUCCAAA